AUGGUUAAUCCAGUUUCAAUUGUCGACUCAAUGGUUAAGGUGAUUGAAAAUGAUGAUGAUCAUCAUGGUGGUGAUGAAAUAAUACUCACCUCGGAUGAUGAAUGAAUUUGUGAGAACACAAAAUUUGGAUUGAAAAGUUUUCCUUGAAAAAAGAGAGAAGAAGAAAAAAGUUUCAUCUCUUUCAUUGUCUCUUGAUUCUCAUCAUGUUUCCAUCGCCAUCAUUUCAAUUUGAUUCAUUAACGAUCGUGUAAAAGACAUCAACAGUUAAUCAUCAACAUUAAAUUGUUCCUCACGCUAAUUAUCAAUUCUGCUUUUUUGAUAACAUAAUUUGUCUUCGUCAUAAUCAAAAAUUGUCAUCACACUUACAUUUAUCAUCUCUUGUUUUUCCUCCUUCACUCUUACCUUUGCCCUCUCUGUCUAUGUACAAAUCCACCCACUUGAUCAUCUAAAUUGUAAACAUCAUCAUCAUCAUCUUAUUUGACUAAACUUGACCAACAAUCAAUCAACAAUUUAAAUUCUCAUCAUGAUUUUCACUUAAAUGUUUCAUUAGUUUUCUCGAUUGUUUUCGAUGGACUCAAUUAUUUCAUGUUCGUUUUUUAAUCAUCGUAACUGUGAUAAUAAAAUAAACUAUUUGUUGCCAAUGACAACAGUUAAUUUCCAUCAAUUAAAUUGUUACCUUUAAACAACAAUUUGAAAUGUAUAAAUACUCAAUUAGAUGUGAAAACAAUUAACUUUCUCAAUAUUAAUGGUUAAUAUUUAUCAUCAUCAUAAUAAUGUUAUCAGCUGAUUGUCUUCAUUCAAUUGCCUCAUCGAUACAAUCAAAUUUAUCCUACUUACCUUCAAAUGUAACAACAAUUUCAACCUUAAUUGCUAACGGCAAUAACAACCAUCAUAAAUUUGAUACAAAUUCAAGUGUUGAUUCAACAACAACACAACCACUAUCAUUACCACCUACAAUAAGCUCAAUAUCAAAUACAUUGAUGGCCACUUCCGAGUCAAUGUACAAAAUAAUAUUGCCCGUUAUUUCAUUGCCGUUGGUGGCACCGUUAACGUCAUCGGCACCUAAUGUACAUUCACCUUUGAAUUUUAAUACGACAACACCAUCAUCCAGCACUCACACAUCAAGCAUUAGUUCAACUUCACCACCAGCGAUCGCCUCAGAUUGGAUCUCAUCUUCAUCAUCAUCUUCAUCUCUCGAAAUGAACGGAAGUGAAAUGAUCAGUCCCGAAUUUCCUUAUUAUAUGAGAACCUCAGCGACAAUUUUCUGUGCACUUAUAUUAAUUCUCGGAACAACAGGUAACAUUCUGGUUCCGAUUGUAGUUUGCCGAACAAAAGAGCUACGAAAUUCAACCAAUAUUUUCCUUAUCAAUUUAAGUUUCGCCGAUCUCUUUGUACUUAUCGUUUGUAUGCCCACAGUUCUUAUCGAACUUCAUUCCAAACCUGAAGUUUGGCUUCUCGGUCAAGAGAUGUGUAAAGCAGUUCCUUUCGUCGAGAUGGUUGUUGCCCAUGGAUCCAUUUUAACGAUGAUGGCCAUUAGCUUCGAGCGCUAUUAUGCAAUUUGUAAGCCAUUGAAAGCCGGUUACAAGUGUACGAGAUUACGAGCGGUCAUAAUUAUAUUUUCCGUUUGGACAAUAGCGGUCAUUUCAACUGUUCCGAUCCUUUGGAUCGCUGAGCUUUCUCAUGAAACUUAUAUCGAUGGAAGUUUAGUUCCAGUUUGUUUAACUCAGGCCAAUAAACUUUGGCAUAAAUUGUACUUCAUAGGGACAAUGAUCGCUUUCUUUUGGUCUCCGCUCUUGAUCUUGAUCAUUAUCUACAUAAUGAUUACCAAACGACUUUUCCUCAAUGAUAGUAUUCGAACCUCAACCAACCAGGGGAGUCACGAAUGCAGCCAAAUGAGAGCCCGACGGCAAGUGGUCUACAUGUUGGCCACUGUAAUCGCUUGUUUCUUUAUUUGUCUUCUUCCCUUUCGCUUAUUCACAUUGUGGUUACUCCUUUCAUCCACUGAUCAAGUUAAAUCACUCGGAAUGGAAAUGUAUUACACGACCUUGUAUUUUUGUAGAAUCAUGUUGUACCUUAAUUCGGCUCUUAAUCCAAUUCUUUACAAUUUAAUCUCAUCCAAAUUUCGUGAUGCAUUCCUUGCGGCUGUUUGUUGCCAGAAGACGAAACGUCUUUUACUCCGACAGAAUACAUUUAAUACAACUUCGAGUUCAAUGUUAAUGAGUUCGUUGAAGAAUAAUAGUUUAAAUAAAAAUGCUCAACCUCUUCCUACUUCUCCGAUGGUUAAUGGUAAGAAAGAGUUUAAUCAACAAGAGAAAAUUAAGAAAAUGGAACCUGAAUUAAUGGUCAACGAUUGUCCUAUUGAUUUGAUUUUCCACAGUUUGAAAAAAUCUACACCUGGAGAAAGUUAUGUAUAAUAAACGUUAAAAUGAACAUUAAAUUAACUAAUUUCACUCGAUU